UUAUGUCACUAUUCUUGUUGUUGUAAUAUCUUUAUUCUUUUUAGAAUGCAUAAUUAACGAAAAGAUUGAUUCAAAAAGAUGGAAAUUGAUAUUUAAGGCAUUAUAAGAAGAAUGCAUAAUUAACGAAAAGAUUGAUUCAAAAAGAUGGAAAUUGAUAUUUAAGGCAUUAUAAGAAGAAUGGAAAAUUAACGAAAAUAUUGAUUAAAAAAAGAUGGGAAUUGAUAUAUUAGAGCAUUGCAAGAAAGUUCGUGCGGAGCACGGCCCCCCUUAUUCAUGCCCAAUCGAGAAAUGCGGAAGAACUUACAAAUCAGUGUGCGGGCUUCAAUAUCAUUUAAAAAGUUAUGAUCACGAUAAUCCCACGCCUCAAGUCGCGCCUCCUACGACACCUAAAAGCAAUAAAAAGGGUCGAGGGAAUCGGGGUACCCCCUCAACGAGUAAAUUACCCGAAAAAAAUCUUAUCCCGGAGCCGUUAACGCAAGAUGAGGCCCAAAAAAUGGUGCAAUUCCAAUUAAAUAACAACCAAGUGUUUCGUGUAAACAUCAAUGAGGUUCUUGAAGUUUGUUCUUUGGAAGAUUUCCCUCGAAAUAACGAUGUGGAAGAGGUUAAACCAACGGAGCAUAUCCCACUUCCUGAAGCGACUUACAAAGAGCUUGAUUCUUAUAAUAUUUGCGACGCCCCACCUCGCCCCAACGCCUACAUAAGAUUCAUCGAGAAAAGUGCUGAAGAACUCGACGGUGAGGUUGAAUAUGACGUCGAUGAAGAAGAUACAGCUUGGUUAUCGAUUAUGAACGAAAAACGCGAAGAACAAGGACUUCCCCCGGUUUCGGUGGAUUCUUUGGAGUUAUUAAUGGAUCGAUUCGAAAAAGAAUCGUAUUUCCAAGCCGCGGUUAACGGCCAAACGGGGGCUGUCGUCGACGAUGACGCCGUGUGUUGUAUUUGCAUGGACGGGGAGUGUCAAAACACAAAUGUGAUUUUAUUUUGUGAUAUGUGUAACUUGGCGGUGCAUCAAGACUGCUAUGGGGUCCCCUAUAUCCCUGAAGGACAGUGGUUAUGUCGAAGGUGUUUGCAAUCACCAUCUCGAGCGGUCGAUUGCGUGCUUUGCCCCAAUCAGGGGGGCGCUUUCAAACAAACAGAUCGUAGCCAAUGGGCCCACGUUGUUUGCGCGCUUUGGAUACCUGAGGUGAGGUUCGCAAAUACGGUUUUUUUGGAGCCGAUAGAUUCAAUUGAGACGAUCCCUCAAGCGCGGUGGAAAUUAACUUGCUACGUUUGUAAGCAAAAAGGAAUCGGGGCGUGUAUUCAAUGCCACAAAACUAAUUGUUACUCGGCUUUCCACGUAACUUGCGCCCAACAAGCUGGGUUAUACAUGAAAAUGGACACCGUCACUAAAGAUGGUUGCGAAACGCAACCUUUAUUAGUCCAAAAAAUCGCAUUUUGCGACGUUCACGCCCCCCCCGAUUUUAGCGACACAAAAAAAGAAGAUGUUAAAUUAAAAAUGAAACAAGCGAGGAAAUUGCUCGCGAAAAAACGCUCCUCCGUCCCCGUAAUUCUAAUCCCUACAAUCCCCCCAGAACGAAUCCAAGAAAUCGGAUCGUUGGUUACAAUCCAAAAAAAAUCUCAAUUCAUUCAACGCUUAAUCGCUUAUUGGACGUUAAAGCGUCAAUUUCGAAAUGGGGUUCCCCUUUUACGCCGCCUACAAAGUAGCCAAGACGUCGCUAAUGUUUAUCCCGGGAAUGUUCGGGAUUCGGGAACUUGGAAUGUUGAUACGAUGGAGUUAAUUCGGCAAUUAAAAUAUUGGCAGUGUUUGAGGCAAGAUUUGGAACGUGCGAGGUUGUUGUGCGAGUUGGUUCGGAAGCGGGAAAAGUUAAAGGUGGAGUUGAUGAAAGCGAAACAACGGUGUUUAAAUGUUGAGUUAAAACCGUUGGAGGCGAGUUUGAGGAAAGUUUUGGAUCUGAUCGCGGCGAAAGAUGUGAAUGAAAUAUUUUUGGAGCCGGUUGAUUUGGAGGAGGUGCCCGAUUAUACCACGGUCGUCACCGAGCCCAUGGAUUUGAGCACGAUGACUAAGAAAUUAGACGACGGGUUGUACCCCAAUUUGAAAUCGAUCGAAAUCGAUUUUGAGUUGAUGAUUUCGAACUGUUUGGCUUAUAAUAAUAAGGAUACGGUGUUUUAUAAGGCUGGAAUAAAAAUGCGAGAUCAAUGUUCGAUCAUAUUUAAACAAGCCCGCGAAGAACUCGAAAACGCGGGGCUUUUAGAUGAAACGAAAUCGUCGAAAUCACCGAUAAUCGAGGAGAUAACUCCGGCGGAUAUCGACAAAGAAUUUGAGUCACUCCAAGGAAAAACCGGACAAGAUAUAAUUUCGAAAUUGGAGAAUUUACUGGGGAGAAGCCACGGAUUAAAACAUGGAACUUCGCGGAUUAAACGCGUUAAAUUAAUAAAAGCCGAGUUAUUGAAAGCGCGGAGAGCUCUCAUUGACAAUAAUAGUUCGCAAUCGGAUGAUGUUGAGUUAGAAUUGAAUACAAAUAAGAUAAAUAAGAACGUCGGGUCCCCCCAAAGUCAUGGGGGAUCCCCAACGGGGAUUAAUCGGAGAAACGCGGUUCUUUUCACGAAGAAGGCGGCCCAAGCUGCGUUUAAGAAACCUGAGGAGGAGAAAGAUGAAGUUAUAAGCCCAAAAAUGAAAAAAAAGGGUAGGCCCCGCAGGGUUCAAGAACCAACAUUAAUUGAGCCCAAUGUAACAAUAUCAGAGAACGUCCCCGAUAGUUUUCGCGUUUACCGCCCGGGGCAUCAACCAUCCGACGACGAAUUCGACUCAGAUACAAGUACAAGCCUCUCAACUUGUUACUCACACGAUUUAUCCGAAAUUGAAUCAGACGAAGAAGACGAUGAAAACGAUUCCGAUGCGUCAUCAACGAGUAAUAACCAAGCCGCAACCUCCAAGUUAUCCGAAUUAAAACCUUUACAAUUAGUUUGGGCGAAAUGCCGCGGAUAUCCUUGGUACCCCGCUUUGAUUAUUGACCCGGAAAUGCCGAGUGGAUACAUUCACAAUGGAGUCCCAAUUCCUUCACCCCCUCACGAUGUUUUAGCUUUAAAGGCGAGUCAUAACGAACAAGUUUAUUUGGUGUUAUUCUUCGAUGCGAAACGGACGUGGCAGUGGCUUCCCGUUGAGAAAUUAGAGAUUUUGGGGUUGGAUACGGAAAGGGAUGAGGCGAAAGUGAAUGAGCCAAGGAAGGCUACCGAUCGAAAAGCGGUUAAGAAAGCUUACGAACACGCUUUGCAGUAUCAAACGGAUACUCAAUCGAUGGACGUUGAUGCGAAUUAAUUUAUAAUAAUAAAAAUUUAAAGGUUAUGUCAAACGUCAUUUUGACAAGUAAAUAU